GCCAAUCGGAACAGUGUUUGGUCCUUACAAGGGAAAGAUUAUUAGAACAAGAAAAGAGGCUGAAAAAUCUGGCUAUGCUUGGAUGGUAUGGAAGGGAGAGAGAGUGGAUCAUUAUAUUGAAGGGUUCAAAAAGGAUAUUUCCAACUGGUUGAGAUUCGUGAAUUGUGCUGAUAAGGAAGAGAAACAAAAUUUGGUUGCAAUCCAGUACAAGAAACAAAUCUAUUACAAGACUUACAGGGAAGUGUUACCAUUUCAAGAGCUUCUGGUGUGGUAUGGGGGAAAAUAUGCCGCUGAUCUUGGAAUCUGCUUGAAAAGGGACAUUGAAGCUAAUCAAUUAAGAGUAAAAGGUGUGGCAUGCGAGUUCUGCAGUUCAUUGUUCACAUCCGUGGAUGCUAUGGAGAGACACAGGAGGAAACAUCCCCGUCAGGGACACGAUCAAAGGCAUCGAUGUCCCCACUGCAUAUACUCCACCAACCUGUCAUGUAAUCUCCGCCGUCAUCUCAUUACUCACACGGGUGAGAGGAGACACGGAUGUCCCCACUGCCACAAGACAUUCACUCAAGAGUGUAAUCUCAAGACACACCUGAGGAUCCACAGUGGAGAGAGACAUUUCUCUUGUGGAGUGUGUGGAAGAGACUUCACUCAAAAAGGAGACUUGGAGAGUCACGAGAGAAGUCACAGCGGCAUCAGACUUUACCGAUGUUCCACCUGCGGAAGAGAUUUCACCCAAUCUUCACAUCUUCACAAGCACAUAAGAAUCCACACUUUGCAAAGACCCUACAAGUGCUCCAACUGCCAAUACAGGGCCACCACAUCUUCUCAUCUUAAUUGCCACGUUAUUAGUAAACACACAAAACAGUUCCCCCAUAAGUGUCACCUCUGUGAAAGAGGUUUUCUUGCACCGAGUCUUCUUAAACAGCACAUAGACCGCAUACAUCCUCAAUACAA